UUGAUCUGAAAAUGAAGAAUCCUAUUUGUAGUUUCAUAAAUGAACUGAAACCAGCGCUGGUGAUGGUUGUGGUUCAAGUGAUAUAUGCAGGAGCAACUAUAUUUUACAAACUAGCAAUUAUAGAUGGAAUGAGCUUCAGUAUUAUUGUUGCUUAUAGAUUCAUUAUCUCCACUGCAAUUAUGCUCCCCUUUGCUUUCUUUGUUGAAAGAAAGAGAAGGCCAAAACUAAAUUUGAUGAUACUCUUUCAAGCUUUCCUCGGUAGCUUAUUUGGGUGUACACUUUAUCAACUUCAAUACUUGGAGGCAAUGGUCUUAACAUCAGCAACAUUUGUUACAGCCAUGACUAAUCUCGUUCCGGCUAUUACUUAUAUUUUGGUUCUUUCUUUUCGAUUAGAGAAGGUGGCCGGAAUAUGGACGCCGGCCGGGAAAGCAAAAGUGGUGGGAACAUUGAUCGGAAUAGUUGGGGCGAUGGUGCUCACAUUUUGCAAGGGAGCUGAGAUUAAGAUUUGGUCAACAAAAAUAAACCUUCUGCACCAAAAUGCACCACAGGCGCACCAUUCAGAAUCUACCAUUAAAACCCUCUUCGGCUGUUUACUGUCUGUGGGAGGUUGCUUUUUGUAUGGUGUCUGGUUGAUCAUUCAGGCCAAAAUGAGUGAACAAUAUCCAUGUCAGUAUUCAAUCACAGCUUUGGUGUCUCUAAUGGCAGCAAUGGAGUCAGUUAUUUUAGCCCUUUGCAAGGAAAAGGAUUUCAGUCAAUGGAAGUUAGGCUUCAAUAUUAGGCUUCUAACUGUAGCUUAUGCGGGAAUUCUUUCUUCUGGUUUGGCGAUGAGCUUGACGUUUUGGUGUGUGCAAAAGAGGGGACCUUUAUUUGUAUCUGUAUUUAGCCCUCUUAUGCUUGUGAUUGUAGCUUUUGUUGGUUCAUUAGUUCUGAACGAGACCAUACACUUGGGCAGCAUGAUAGGGGCAACCUUGAUCAUAUGUGGGCUAUACGCCGUGCUGUGGGGCAAAGCAAAGGAGAUGAAGAAGAUAACUCAAUUAAUGCCAUUGAAAGGCUCUGGAGAAUCUCAGUCGACCGAGAUUGUUAUCAACUCUCCGACUGAAAACACUUUUAACGAUAUCAAAAAUUAAUAACUGAACAGAAGAAGAAUGUUAUCAAUUUCGACCAAAUCAGAUGAAGAAAUUGAUACAGAAGAGAUAAAAGGGCUAGGGUUGAUCAAAAUAUCUUUAAGUUAUGUAAUAUUUAGUUAAUCUAGCAAUUAAGAGUAGCCACAAGCUAUAUAUGUAUGCUGUUUCUUGUAGAAAAUGGAGGAAAAUAGUUGAGUUUAGUUCAAAUGUGAAUGAAAAUAAGUCAAAUUCAUGUACUUGGUACAAAUAUUAUAAUAUUGGCACCAACAUUUCUGAAAUAAA